CUAAACUUGACCGGAGCUGUCCACCAAGUACCAAGCGCAUGGCAACAAGCCUCUAGUGUAGAAUAGAGAGAGGUAGGAGUCUGCGAGCCAAGCAGUACCCAAACAGCACCACCAUGGAGCACCACCCAGAUGGGUUGCAUCAAAACAAGUACCACAACCCUUUCCCUCUUCCCUGCUGCCGGGACUGGACCUGGGACCGGCGGCCACUGUUCUUGACACCCCGGGCCCAAUCCAUCAUCAUCCAUCCACCAAAUUCGCGUGUACCUUGGCCGUUUGGCUACCCUGCAACUUCAGAAAAGAAGUUGGGUAUGGCAUGGGAGAGACAAGGGCGGCUUGCUGGCGUUGCAGCCUCCCCUGCCUAUUCUACCCUUCGAUUUGCAACGACCCAUUCACGGUUACUGGUCAGGGUACCUUGACAUACGCCUAUCCAUCCAUGGUCCAUCUUGGCUCCAUCUCAAUUGCGCCGUUGCUAACAAGUUGCACAAAAACCACCUGGUGCCACUGACACCAGAUCUUUGUCGACGGACUGCCCUGGCCGCCAACUACUUACGGGCGCGAUAUCCCAGCAACAAAAAGGCCGACCUUAAACAAGACCCAAAAACACAAAAUCACGCCUUCCACCGGCUGUUAGUCUCAACUGGUUCGACCUCUAUUCCUAUUGUCGUCCACGCCAGAGGCCCCAAGGAAUGCGCCGUUUCGGUCUGCAGCCCCCCGACAACGACGAGUCAACGACCUCCUCGCAUCCAACAACCCAACUCGCACGAAACACUGCAUACAGUGCCACUGGCGCCCCGAAGAUUCACUGAACCAGAAUCAUCUGCAUCAUCUUUGUCCAACCCAACGGCCUGGCAGUCUGUGCUUGUCGUCUUCACUGGCCGUAUAGCUUGCCUCGUCGACGCUGAUAAAGGCUUCAACAGGACAACAGCCUUGGCGUUCAAGCUCCAGAGGCCCAAGGCCUUCGCUAUCACUCUAUCAGCCAUCUUAUCCCGCAACCAGAUAUCUUUCUGUCCGGUUCCCUCAGACCAGUCUUCCAAAACUUGCGUGUAGAUUCGGGAGGCACUGGCACGGACAAGAAGCAACCGGAAUCCCAAAUACGACCCCUUGCGCCAAACACAAAACUGCGCAUAUUCAUUCGGGAAUGUCCGCUGUCAACUUGGUACUCGGCUUUUUUUCGGUUCCUCGUAUAGUCCGUGAGGUCUUCGCUGAUCGAAUCCCGGUGCCGUCUUUGACGUAGAGACGGUCGGGAUAUCUAAUCCCUUCUGUCACCUUGACACAAAUCCCUCCAUGCAACCUUUGAGUCAGAGGCCUGACGCCCUCCGCAACACUCUCGGCAAACGCCGGGGAAUCACCGACCUGGCUCAAUUUGCUCUCGACCUCAACUGGGUCAGGGCAGACUCGAAGAGCACUGCUCGCUCGGAGAGCUACCCUUCUCCGCCCAUGUCAGGGUCCCCACCGUUUCCCCCGAAAGCAAGCCAAGCGGCCGCCGAAAGACGUCAGAGCGUAUACCAGGCGACAACUCGAGAUGGCUAUCGAGAGAUUGCAGUCACCCACGGAGGUGAAGGACUUCAGUCUGGGGCCUUGACUCACACACGCCCAUUUCUUCCAAAUCCGCCACAAGGCAUGUCGUACGAGUAUCAGCGCGCAGAGCCAUCGAUGACAAGACCGCAUCUCUACGAUGCACCGCAUGGUACAACAACCCUUCAGCCUUCUUUCCCGCCGAUUGCUGGACCAGGCAGUGCAGGAGGUUCUUUGCCUGGUCAGCUGCCUCAUUCCACGGCUCUGUAUCAUCCUGGGCAUGAUUCUCACCCGCAGACGUCACCCAAGCCUCAAAGGAAGACGAAAGGCCAUGUGGCAUCUGCAUGCGUGCCUUGCAAAAGAGCCCACCUCAGAUGCGAUGGUAUGUGAGAUUUUUCUUCUUCCCGCGAUGCCUCUUCCAGAUACCAUGAAUCUCGAAGCACGGCGUCCAUGUUCGAGGUGCUCCAGUAGCGGCAAAGAUGACGCAUGCAUCGACGUUCAACACAAGAAACGUGGCCGCCCACGGUUGCGAGAUGACAGAGCGGAUAUAAAAUACGACAGUGCAAGGUUUGGUGUUCCAUCGGAUGGGAUGAGAAGGCCGUUGUCAUCUCAAUAUCAUUCUGGUUCUUCGCCAACCCUUACGUUCGACGACGCCCUUCGCCGAACACAGCCAUUCCGCGUCCUCAAAUCACAGCCGCCCGACUCCGCCAUGUCGCGAUUCGCCGAAAGAGGCUCAACGCAUGAUUCGAACGUUUUCCUGGCGCCCUUGGCUAUGCCAACCACACCUCCCGAGCCAGUGGCCUAUUUGACAGUCGAUCUUCAAGUUGGAAAAGCAUCGAAGACAUUCAUGGAUGCGAUCGGAAGAGCGUCUGUUCAUGGCCUCAGACUCGCUGAUUUGGUUGUGGGGCAUGAUCGAGAGAAGGUAGCGUAUAUCCAGCGACAGAUGGUGGACCAACAAAGGAGAAACGAACCAAACUAUCUUCCACCUAUUUUCGGAAAAGCAGAGGAAGAAAGGGUCAUGGACAUGUUGAGCUUCUCCUUGGAGGAAAUCUCAAAAUACCCGCUGGAUAGACAAGAUAUCCUCACCUUCCUGGGACAAGAUGGACUCCCGCGGCAGCUGUCACUUCGGACUGCAUUGUCCAAGCGAGACUCCAUAUACUAUGUCGUUCUGCUGCUGAUGAGCCCGGUGCGACCGUUCAAUUAUUCUGAGUCCUCACCUAGUAUCAGAGAGACAAUUCGGGCAUACCAGCCAUACACGCAACGGCCGCCCGUCGCGACAGAUCUUGGUCUCCGGCAUUCGCGACCUGCUGAUAACGAAUAUGGAGAAGGAGCACAUGUGCCGGCCGCCCCACCGCCACCACGAAGUAUGACGGGAUUUGGGGCGAACGUGCCAUCGGCAUAUAUCUCGUCGCCACGCAGAACGGAAUACUCCAAUGCGAUGCCGCCUUUUCAAAUCCCAAGGAGCGAGUUGAUUUCGCCAAGCCGACCUGAUCCGUUGCCAGCGUUUCAGCUACCGCCGAUACGCAAUCACCAACCGAAUGCUGUUCAACUGCAAUACCGAAACCGGGAGGAACGGGCGCGAUUCGAUAUUGGCGGUUUGCUCGACCAUCCCACUCCAGCUGAGCACGCCCGCCGAUAGACGACGUGUAAGCUACAUUCUCAUUGAUGAGAACAGAGCUAGCCUGCGAUGGGUGAAGGGUUUUAUGAUGACACUCUGAUAUAUUGGGAAUGGUACUUCUUCGGUCGCGUUUCAAACUGUUUCUUGGAGCAAGAAUUUAAUUGGUUUUCACUUGGUUUUGGGCAUCUUCUUCUCGUUUGUGUUUCUUGUUUUUGUUUUCUCCCCCUCAGUAUCCAAUGUCAACGUGUGCCGCCUGCAUCAAGACUAUACCGAUGUAAAGCUUGCACAUGGUUUCUUGGUUGGGCUGUUUGUCGCUGAGUUUUCCAAGCAUAUUGUCUCCUGCCGGUUGAUGUAAUCCUCGAUACGUAUUUCGUCUAUGUUCUUCCUGCAUUAUCCUCUGAUUUUGGGCUCGGCGAGGUCCUGGCGUUCGUUUUUGGCUUCCGGUUAUACCCAAGCUUCUGCGCGUUAUGAUUUGAAACCGAUGUGGUUCGUGUACUGCAAUUGGUGGCUUGACGGCUAUUGUUGACGCUGUGCGGAUAUUUCCAUCAAUAACGGCGAGUCCGAAAUUGAUUCUUCCGCACCAGUUUGAUGUUACGUCGUUGCAUGGGGAGAAUUCCUAUUUAAUACUAUGCGUGGAUUGAAGAAAACGGAACCCGCUCGCUUUUUGCCAUUCGAGGAUGUUAUAAGGCAACGGGGGCCGAUGAUCAAACCAGACACGAGGUUGCGCCGAUUGACGGUUUGAGGUUCAGCGGUGCGGUGAAUCAAGGUGGACGUCUCAUUGUUCAGCCUGGACUGACCAUUGCGUGAUGUUCGC